AUGGAAACAAAAGGCCGUAAGCCAUUCUUCCUCAAUUUCAAUAAAGUGCCAACACCAUUGAAGGUUUUUUGUGACAACAUCUCUGGUUCUCUCAAAUUCAGUGAUUCUCUCAACACUCUCAUAAGCUUGUUGGUACCAUACUUGGAAGAAUUCUCCUACUUGCUGGAACUCCCUGUGCUCAAUAAAGUCCCUUAUACUGGUAAAGAAGAAGAGCCUAAGUGGGAAGUCGUAGCUGCUGCCCUACACUUGCCAAGAUCAGAAAUUGAGAAGGUUUGGAUUAGUAAGAAAGAGUAUUCUGGAUUACCCUUUGAUUUCCUCUAUGAAAAAGCGGAGAUUUUGGCUAAAGCUUCAAGUAUGGAUGCCUUGGAAGCUGUGUUGUCUCUCUUAAUUUAUGGACAAGUCUUGUUUUUCCAUUAUGACAAAAUUGUUGAUGUGGAUGCUAUUAAUAUAUUCCUUAGCAAGAAUCCGGUUCCUACUCUACUUGGUGACUUGUUACAUUCUAUUCAUUUCCGAGUAUCAAAAAGGAAAGGUUGUGUCUUAGGAUGUGCUCCUCUAUUACAUAAGUGUUGUGGAGAAUUCCCUAAUAUACCUUUUCUUGGUGUUCGUGGAGGAAUAACUUAUAAUCCAAUUCUAGCUCGACAUCAGUUUGGCUUUGCCUUGAAGGAUAAACCGCGUUCUUUGUAUCUUAGUGCAGAAUAUUUUGACUAUGAUUCGGAUAAAGAAAAGAAGAGAGACCUCUUCAUCAAAGCUUGGUUGAAAGUGAAGAAAGUUGGUGCAAAAGAUAUAGGAAGGAGAAAUUACAUGCCAUGGGAUCUAUACUUCCAAUGGAUUUAUGAUCGAGUUAUGGAAUUUGGGAUGCCUUAUCCAUCUGAUACGCCCAUAGUUCCAAGAAUAGCUCCUCCUGCUGCCCCAGUUACAUUUGAGCCAUAUGUUCCUAGUCCAAAUGAAGAUCUGGUUGCAACUGUUAACCGACUAAAGAGGGAAAGGGAAGACUUUGAGAGACGCUUACUAAAAGCGGAAGCUGAAAAAGAAGUGUUGAUACAAAAUGCUACGGAGCAAGAGACUUUACUUGAUUACUUUUCUCGCAAAUGGAAGAUUGAAGAUUUUUUUAAUGUAACUUUUGUGAUUAUGACCUUACAAUUUAAUUAA